UCAAGCAAUUCUCGUUCAGUCAAAGUUAUUCAGUCGGGUUCACCAACAAUAACGUCAGCUAUACGCCUCUCUUUAGCCACAUCUACUAGUGCAAAAGAAGGAAGUAUAGAUUUGGAUGGAAUAAGCAUAAUAUAAGGCUUACCAUGGCUGUUCCAGGAAGAAAAGCAGAUGGUAAUUUGACCUCAAUGUUCAGCGAUGCCUCCGGAGAAGAUUACGACAUUUUCUGUAAUCCUUGUGACCUGAAUGACGUCAGGUGUCCAGCUUUCGGUUUCUGCACCAAUUGCGAUGAGCAUCUGUGUCAGUCAUGUUUUGAUAAACACAAGCAGACGACAUCCACCGGAAGUCAUACCCUUCUCGAUAGUCAAAGCAUGCCGCUGACUGUUACUCCACUGAAGACAAACGCCACCCAUGCUUUCCAUUCAGGUCUCUCUGAUGAUUCCACAGUUUUUUGUUCUAUCCACAAGAAAGAGCCCAUUAGAUUCUAUUGUUACGAUCAUGAGGUACUUGUUUGCAGUCUUUGUAUAUCCCACAUCCACGAUGAAAAGUCUUGUAAGGUUAAGGCUAUAUCCCUGAUCUCUAAGGAUAUUUUAGAUAGCAGUGAAUACACGGAAUCCCUUCAAGCCAUCAAUGAUUUGGUUGAUAGAUGUCUGAAAAUUAGAAAUGAAAUCAAAGAAAAUACUCUAAUAUCUGAGAAGUCAUUAGAAACUGUCCUAAAUGAAAUACAACGAUUUAAGGAUGACUUAAAUAGAAAAUUAGAUGAUCUAGGAAAACAAAUCGAAAAUAAAGUCAAAAGGCAAAAAAUUGAUCAUGAAGAACGGCUAAAAAGAGCAGAAGGUUUAUGCGAUGAUAUCGCAAAGUCGCUGAAACACGCGUCUGAUGCAAUGAAACAUCACAAGGACAUGAAACAAACGGAUAAAUUUUUCACGACUCUUAAAACUUCUCAACAACUGGUCAGGGUAAGUGAGAGAAAAAUAUCAGACCUAGUUUUGGCUGACCACACAGAGCAAUACCACUUUAAACCAAAUCGGGAGAUAAAAUCUUGUAUCCGAAAUGCCGUCACUCUCGGUACUGUUGAUUAUUUUUAUCAAGAAAGAGAUAUUUGCGUUAAAACCUCACACGACGACGAGCGCUGUUGUGUAAGCGGGAUGACACUAGUGUCUGAUUCCAAACUAGUUAUUCUUGAUACAAAUAACCAUUCGAUAAAAUUGGUUGACCUUAGCGAUAACUCUAUAUCCUACCAAUUAAAAACUGGGGGAAAUCUUAGUGAUAUAACUACGAUCAGUGGUGAUGAGGUUGCUGUUACUGUUUCUAAUGAAAAAACUAUUUUAUUUCUGACGGUGUCUUCAAGUAAACUGUCCGUCAAAAACCGUUUCAAAGUAGAUUGUGUUUGUGCUGAAAUCACAUACUCCAACAAGAAACUCGCAGUCACGUCUAACGACCCAUAUCCAACAGGAUAUUUCCAAAUAAUGGACCUUAAGGGAAAAGUGUCCUCAAAAGUUAAAAUUGGCAAUCCUCAUUCAAUUACUUCUGACGAUCGGUACAUUUAUGUAUACGACAGCAAUAAGGAUGCUGUAAAUAUUUACGACUGGCAAGGAAAAUGUAUAAGCACGAGCAGGUGUUCAGAUGCAAGAAGUCUGACUUUGUUAGGUGACGGAUCAAUAUAUACUGUUUCCAGGAGAAACGGUACUUUAACACAAGUGUCCGGAGAUUUCUCCGACAGAAACAUUGUGAUGAAAGAUCUAGCGAGCCCUACAAAAAUUUGCUGGAGUGACAAAAGUAGAUUAUUGUUCAUAAACAGAUUUACUUCAGAUGAAAAAUAUGACAAUGUUAUCAAAGUCUACAAAAGAUUCGUUUUCCAUUUUGGGCCUGAGCCGGCCAGAGUACAUGUACUUACAAAAAAGAAAUAGCUUUAGAAAUAGAAAUAAAGGUAGAAAACUUAUUAAUAAGUUAUUAUGCAUGGCAUUUUAGACUGUGAGAAAGCAACAAAGUUGUCAAUGAGAACGUAAUAAACGAGAAUGGUUUUUUGUCCAUAAAGUAUGUACUUUUGAGGUCUUGCUUCUAUCCAACCUCGCCAUGUGAUUACCUAUUUUUCAUGUAUAUAUUUUUUUUUUGUUUCACUGUUUUAAGCUUGAUACUUAUAUACCGUUUUCUCCAGACUGACGGGUGAUCGUCAUUUUUUCAAUAAACAACUUUCAAAAUUGUGGUUCGGACAGGAGGCACUAA